GAUGAUUAGAAAUAGUAGUUCAUAUAGUAUUUAAGAGUCAACUUAUCAAAUUUAAAAACCUAAUUCAAAUAUAGACAUGAAUUGUAUCAAUAAACUAUUAUAAAAGCUUCAAUGUGUUUAAGUCAAGAAUUCUAAUAAAAUAGAUCAUUAAAUAAAUAGUAUGCCAAUAGAUUUUUAGGUGAAUGGCAUGAAGAAACAUAUCUUGUAACUAGAAAAUAUGUUCCUACAAAGACAAAAGGAUUAAAUCUUUAUGCUACCUAUUGCACUCCAGAAAAUCCUAUUGCAACAAUAGUUAUACUUCACGGAUAUGGAGAUCAUUCUGGUAGAUACUUUCAUGUAAUAUAAACCAAUAUAAUUAGGUAGCUGAUGAAUAUGCAAAAUAUGGGUUUUAAGUCAUUUUAUAUGACUAGAGGGGAUUUGGUAAUUCUGGAGGUAUAAGAAGUCAUGCUGAUAUCAAAUAAAUGCAUUAAGAUUUAGAGUGCAUACUAUUAACAAUUGAAAGAUCAUAACCAAUAUUUUUAUAAUGUUAAUCUCUAGGAGCUGCAGUUGGAUUAAGUUUCUGUAUUUCAAAUCCGUCAAUUAUUCUAUAAGGAGUAAUAGUAGUUAAUCCAUAUCUUUAAUUUGCAAAAAAAUAUGGAUUUUUGAAAAAAAUGUUGCUUACUAUAAUGAAUAAGAUCAUCCCUGUAUAUAUUUUUAAUUAUUUCUUAAGGGUCUCAUGGUUAAUUCCUAUAUAGAUUAUGGACAUUGUAGUAAAAACAAUAACAUAAUCAAGAGUGUAGCUGAGGAUAGUCUUGUACAACCAUUUAUGAGUAUUGGAAUGGCUUAUAAUAUAUUGUAGUUAGAUUCAUAUAUUUUACCUAAUGCUUACUAGUAAAAUAUUAAAUAUUAUUUUAAGAUUCACUCAACCUUUAUUGAUUUUACAUGGAAAAGAAGAUAAAGUAGCAAGUCAUAUGAAUUCAGUAGAAUUGUAUCGUGAAUCAGGAUCUAAGGAUAAGACUUUAAAAUUAUUUGAUAAAGGAUUUCAUGAACUACAAAAUGAUGUAGAAUUUGAAAGAGUGAAAAAUGUAAUCAUAAAUUGGUGUUAAAAGUAAAUUAAUAAAGAUAAGAGAAUUAGUAUUAUAUUUAAUAAUUAUUUUAGGUUAUUUUAGAGCACUAAAUCAUGGAUUAAUUGCCAAGAACAAUAAUAGUUCAAAAUUCUUAGUUCUUUCAUGGAUUUUUAUUUAUUUCAUGUUAAAAAAGUACAAAUUAUUGAAUUAUUUAUUAGUAAAAUGAAAAAUCUUGGAAAAAUUGCUAAAUCUAUUUGUAUUUUAGCAUUGAUGAUUGCAUCUCUUAUUGUUCGUAUUAGAUGGUGA